GGUAAUUAUCUCAAGAAGCUUCGGAAAUAAAUAGUCUUUGCGGGGUAUUGCGGAUUCGUCGACCAGACCAAUGACGGGCCAGGUCGAUCAAGCAAGCCCUUGCUUAUACAUUUAUUACCCAUCAAUCCAUCGGCUCCUCAGCUCUCUCCCGGAACCGGUGGUCAUUGCGGGGUGGUAUUUUCUUCGUGCCUCGUUGGACAAUGGGCUGAUGGGUCUGGUCUAUUAAACCUGGUGGUCCCCCAUUGAAGAGCUUGAGCAUUUAUCUUGUCUUCAGACUUGUUGAUUGACUGCUUGUUUUGUUGUUUCAUACAAAACUCCCAUCAUGGACCCCUCACAAGUCAAGAUCCCCCUAUGAAAGACCUCACGGUCGACAACAUCACCGAGAACGUCAUCCGGAUCAAUUCUCUCUGCGAAGAUGAACGCAUGAAAUACGUCCUCGAGCGUCUGGUCACACAUCUCCACGACUUCGCCCGGGAGACCCGACUGAGCUCCCAGGAAUGGAUGACCGGACUGACCUUCUUGAAGGAGGUGGGCCAAAUCUCCUCCGAUGUACGACAGGAAUUCAUCCUCCUCUCCGACGUCCUCGGCCUCUCCAUCCUCGUCGACUCAAUCGACCACCCCAAACCCCCGGCUCAACAGAAGGCACCGUCCUCGGCCGAAGAGAUCACCCAGGGCGGCCUGAUGUCGCACGAUCCCAAAGGCGAGCCGCUCCUCGUCGUCUGCACCAUCAAAGACACAAACGGCAAGCCGCUUGAGGGCGUCAAGAUCGAUAUCUGGGAGACCGACUCGACGGGCCACUACGACGUGCAGUAUCCCGGCCGCGACGGGCCCGACGGGCGCUGCAUCAUGCGCAGCGACAAGGACGGCGUGUUCUGGUUCAGUGCUAUCACGCCCGUGCCGUAUCCGAUCCCGCACGAUGGGCCGGUGGGGAAGCUGUUGAAGAAGCUGCAUAGGCAUCCGUAUCGCCCCUCGCAUAUGCAUUUCAUGUUCGAGAAGGAGGGGUAUGAUCAUUUGAUUACGGCUCUUUACCUCCGAAACGACCCCUACGAGACCUCCGACGCGGUCUUCGGCGUCAAGAACUCCCUCGUCGUCGAUCUCGGCAAGGCGGGCCCCGAAUACGCACAGAAGUAUAACGUGCCCGAGGACCACGCCCUGCUCACCUACGACUUUGUCCUCGUCACCGAUCAGGAAACCGCUGAUCUGCGCGCAAAGAACUCCAAGGAGGCGCUCGAUAAGUUGGGCCGCAAGGUUCGCAUCGUCAAUGGGUUACCGGUGCCGGACCUGGAUUGAAGAGAUUAGCUAUAUUUGCACCUUUGUUUGUAUCUGUACAUAUUGAAACUGUCUUGCAAGAUGUGAUCAUGUGUAUAACAC